CCAUGACAUAUUUCAGAAAAUUAAAAUAAAAAGGAUCUCAUUGUUAUCCUCACAGUAAAUGCUUUUGCUUGAGGGUCUGUUAGAGGUUGUUUGUUUGUUUCUGUUUUCCUCUGUCACCCAGAAAAAGGAAAAAAAAAAAAGCACACGCAGAAUAGAGAGAGAGAGAGAUAACCCUAGAACCGAAAUCAAUCUAAGCCAUUGUUGAUAGAAGAGAAAGCUUUUGCUUGCUUGCUUAUGAGUGGAAGAAUGAAAGAGAGAAGACAACUGUAAAUGCAAAUGGAUCGAAGAGAUGCAAUGGGUAUAACCGGGUCGGGUUCUUACUAUAUCCAAAGAGGGUUAUCCGGAUCGGGUCCUCCAACGUUUCACGGAUCAUCACAGCAACAAGGGAUUCGUCACUUACCUAAUCCAAACUCUCCAUUCGGGUCAGGCCCCACCGGGUUCGGUUCUCCUCCUUUACACGGCGAUCCUUCUCCGACAGCGACAGCAACAGCAACUGGAGCCGGAGCUGUUCCCCAUCAUAUCGGCGUUAAUAUGAUGGCUGCUCCUCCUCCGACGAGUGAAACUCCGAUGAAACGUAAGAGAGGUCGACCUAGAAAAUACGGACAAGGACCAGACGGUUCUGUUUCUUUAGCAUUGUCUUCUUCCUCUGCUUCGACCAUUACUCCCAACAACUCUAACAAACGUGGCCGUGGUCGACCUCCGGGCUCCGGCAAGAAACAGAGAAUGGCUUCCAUUGGUGAAUUGAUGCCUUCAUCUUCUGGAAUGAGCUUCACGCCACACGUUAUCGCUGUUUCGAUAGGAGAGGAUAUUGCAUCAAAGGUUAUAUCUUUCUCUCAACAAGGGCCAAGAGCGAUUUGCGUCUUAUCGGCAAGCGGCGCAGUCUCUACUGCAACUCUUAUUCAACCAUCAUCAUCCCCUGGAGCCAUUCAGUACGAGGGCCGGUUUGAAAUCCUAGCCUUAUCAAUAUCUUAUAUAGUUGCAACUGAUGGAAGUUUCCGUAAUCGAACUGGAAACUUAUCAGUUUCGCUCGCUAGUCCCGAUGGGCGUGUGAUUGGCGGUGCCAUUGGAGGGCCUUUAAUAGCAGCAAGUCCUGUUCAGGUUAUUGUAGGGAGCUUUAUCUGGUCAGCUCCAAAGAUCAAGAACAAGAAACGAGAAGAAGAAGCUUCUGAAAUUGUUCAAGACACCAAUGAUCAUCAAGCUCUAGACAACAAUAAGAACAACACGGUUUCGCCUGUUCCUCAGCAACCUCCAAGCCAAAACCUGAUAUGGUCAACAGGUUCACGGCAAAUGGAUAUGCGUCAUCAUGCUCAUGCUCAUGCUGAUAUUGAUCUAAUGCGCGGUUGAUGAUGAUGAUGACGAUGAUAGCGACAACUCUGUGUAUAUAAGGCAUGGAAUCAAUCUAGGAAGAAGAAGAAGAAGAAGAAGAAGAAGAAGAAGAAGAAGAAGAAGAAGAAGAAGAAGAAGAAGAAGAAGAAGAAGAAGAAGGAGAAGGAACAUAAGCUAACCUCUGAACAAAGUAUGUUGAAAUGUUAGGUUCAAAGAAUGACUUUUAUUUAGUGUACCUCUCAAAUCUCUCUAGCUUAUUUGGUUUUGUGACUCUGAAGAUUUGCAGAGUUUCUUGAUUUCUUUAUCUCAAAAUUUGUAUGCUUGGA